AUGGCCCAGAUACGGACUGCGAGAACCUCAGACUCAGCAGAAGCCCAGCUCCAAGAUCCAAAUCAGAUCAUUGCUGCGCGGGAGAUUUUCUCCUCCACGCUGUACAAGAAGGUGGUCAAUGACGCCAAGCAGGACGAUAAAGAGAUGCUCUUUCGUCACUCCUUCAACUUGACCGAACAAGAACUAGCCGAGGACUACGAACCAGGCCAGAUUACGAUCGUGUUAGUAGGUAUAACAUUGAACAAAGAUCUCCCAGCGGCAAAAGGCAAACAGCUAGGAGUGUCAGGGACUAAGCCGCCUACCGAGCAUAUUCUUAUCUUCGAUCUCCCGGAAAGAUAUACCGGAAGCAAAAUUCUCGAAAGCGGUGAGGAACUAGAGGAUGACCAUUCUGAAGAAAUGGACGAAGACACGACCGCGUUGCUGGUAGUAACGCCGUGCUUCAACAACCCUGAGGACAGGCCGACCAAGAUGUAUGUCCUCUUGAAGCCAGAAAACGGUAUAUACAGUCUGUACAACGUCCCCGAAGCUGAAGUGUUCUACUUUCCCGAGUUCCGUUGCUCAGUCAAGGCUGGCGAACAACGGCAACGCGAAUGGAAUACCCUUGUUAAGCGCAUCUCUAUCAAAAACAACGUGAUUACCCAGCCUAAGUUGACCGCGUACAGCGCCGUUCAAGACACGUCGGUUUUCACAAUCGAUCAUGCCGUAGCAUUUGCUAAAAACAUCAUUGGGCCUGCGGCAGCUUAUGCAAUGAAUCAAGAUGCGAAUCGAGAUGCUUGGUUUUUGGGCCAGCUCAUGAAGCGGCUCGGGAGGACCUCGAUCCCGCAGAGUUCUUUCUCCGCGCUCCUUCAAGCCAGAAUCAAUGCUUUCAAAAGCCUCCGCGACAGAAGCAUUGCUCGUAGUAAGGCGUUGAGAAACGAGCCUGGCAAUGAUAUAGUGCCAGAAUCACCAGCCCGGCUGUGGCAGCUAUAUGGAGAUACUGAUGAUGCAGAUGCUGCGCAACGAAUCAAUGACUCGUUGUGCAUGUUUGUAACAUACCAUUGUGCCGAGGCUGUCGAUUCGAUCACUCCUCAGCUACAGCGUAUCAUUGAAACGCUGGAGACGGCUACGGGCACGAACAAAACCGAGGACGACGGCAACAGCAACGGCACCGGAAAGGAUGAUAAGACCAAGUCGGGUUCCGGUAAAGGCAAGGGCGAGGAUGGCAAAGGUCGAAAGGACGAUGACGAACCCUAG